AUGACUUGCGACGCCUCACCCUAUGGCGUCGGAGCGGUCCUGAGCCACCAGCUGCCGGAUGGUCGGGAGGCCCCGAUUGCAUUCUACUCCCGGACCCUCUCUGCGGCGGAGAGGAACUAUGUGCAAAUUGACCGGGAGGCGCUCGCCGUCGUGGCCGGCGUGAAAAAAAUCCACGACUACGUAUACGGCCGCCCUUUCGCCAUCAUCACGGACCACAAGCCUCUCUUGGGGCUGUUCGUGCCGGAUCGCCAGAUGCCACAAAUCCUGUCCCCCCACAUGCUCCGGUGGUCGAUCUUUCUCAACGCCUAUGACUUCAGGCUGCUGCAUCGCCCUAGAACCAGCAUCGCGGACGCUCUCAGCCGCCUGCCGCUCGAGGACUCCGGUCCGGACCCAUCCCUGGCCUAUGACGUCAUGCUGCUGGACACCCUGCCAGAACUGCCGUUGCAUGCCUCGGACAUUGCGGCUCACACCGCAAAGGACUGCACCCUCGCCCGCGUUCUGAACUGGGUGGGGAAGGGGUGGCCGGCCGCCAGGCCAGAUGGCGAAUUCAAGCCUUUUUCCAUGCGACAGCACGAACUCUCGCUUAAUAAGGGGUGUCUGCUCUGGGGGAACCGUGUCGUGGUUCCAGCCAAACUGCACACCAAGGUCCUGGAGGCUCUGCAUGCCUACCACCCGGGUAUCGUGCGUAUGAAAGCCCUGCCUAGGAGCUACGUUUGGUGGCUGGGCAUAAACGUGGCUGUAGAGGAGUGGGUGAGCCGUUGCCGGCUGUGCCAAGUGUCGCGCCCCGAGAUGCCGCGAGCCCCUACCCACCACUGGGAGUCCACCCACACACCCUGGUCCCACCUCCACAUAGACUUUGCGGGCCCGUUCCAGGACAAGACGUUCCUGAUCGUCGUGGACUCCUACUCCAAGUGGCUGGAGAUCGCCGACGUCGGCUCCAUGACGUCGCGAGUGGUGGUUCGGGAGCUGCGAAAGAUUUUUGCCACCCAUGGCUUGCCAGACACAGUGGUCUCCGACAACUGGGCCCAAUUUACGUCUGCGGAAUUCCAAGAGUUCUUGACCAAGAACGGAAUCCGCCACACAACCUCGGCCCCAUUCCACCCCGCCACCAAUGGACAGGCGGAGCGAAUGGUCCGAACGACCAAGGAAGCGAUGAGACGCAUCGAGCGCAACGACUGGGACAGGGGGCUGGCAGAAUUCCUCCUGUACCAACACACCACGCCCAACUCUCCAACCGGCAAAAGCCCCGCAGAGCUCCUCAUGGGGCGCUGGCCGGAAACACCACUCGACAGGCUACACCCCGACCUCGCGCCGGAGCGCCCUCACCACAGAGAAGACCCAGCCACCCCACGGGUCGUAGAGCCGCCCCCGUCUACGCCCGAAACUACAGAAUGGGCCCAGCCUUGA